AUGUCUUCUCACGAUCACCAUCAUCAUGGCCAUGGUCACGACCACGGACACGGUCAUGGCGAUGGACACGACCACUCACACGAUCUAGAACCGGCUCUUCAAUCUAACCUCUACAAACAAAUCAACUUUGAAGGUAUCAUCACAUUCAACGAGGCCGAACCUCGCUCGGGUGCCUCCAUCGUCCAAAAGACCUGGGACGAGCGGAUGAACGAAACCCCCAUCCUAGAAAGUGACGCCGACGAGCAACUCCUCAUGCACGUCCCGUUUUCCGGUUCAUGUAAACUCUACUCCAUCCUCAUCAGAACCUCAGACUCCGACUCGGCGCCCAUGACGCUCAAACUCUUUCGCAACCGCGACGACAUGGAUUUCGGCAUGGCCUCCGAUCUGGCCCCGACUCAGAUGCUGACACUUCCCAAAACCAACGACGUGGCCGAGAUCCCCUUGAACCGAGCUCUCUGGAGCGGCACGACUUCCGUCAAUCUCUUUUUCGAGGACAACCACUCCGGCGGCGACGAGGAUGUCACCAGGAUAGCCUACCUCGGCUUCAAGGGCGAUUUCAUGGCUCUCAACCGCGAACCCGUCAGCGUCUUGUACGAGGCUGCGGCGAACCCACAAGACCACAAGUUGAUUCAGGGAUUGACUAAUGUCAAUCGAUCCAUGCCGGGACAGUAG